CUCAAUGAGGACAAAAGUGAAACUUGUUCGAAGGAUCUCAAAUAACCAAUGAACUGAGCGAUCAUGCGCUGGCUAGCCAUCUUGAAAAGAAUGAAUAACAUCAAUACGGCGCGUUCAUUUUCGGGCAGAACGAAAUCGCUACGGGAGAAGUUCGCAUCUAAACGAAGCUAUUCCGAGAUCUUUAAGCCGGAUGUCGUCAAGGAGGCUACCAGCAAGGUACGCGGCAAUUCGCGACCACGCUGCUCGCUCCAAGUCGCUUCACAAGCCCCAAUCGUUGUAGCCCCGUCCUCUUCACCUUAUGCCCUGUCUCCACAUAGUGGGGGAACGCAGUCACAUCAGGGUGCUGAUGGUGGCGGCAGCAGUAGUAUGAGCCCUGGCUCGGGGGGACCAUCGACGGGCAACACCACCCCAUGCGGAGGGGCUAAAGCUGUUGCUGUAGCAGGGCCUGAUGGACUCAUAUCGUCCUCCUAUCACCUAUCGGAUACAGCUACGUACGGAAGCGCACUCGACAUCAACAGCGAACGAGAAAGCCCAAGGUUUCCAUGGCAGCGUGAUGUGGCUGUCCAGUGUUGCAUGGACAAUGAAGAUGCCACAGAUAAUCACCUUAGCAUUCGUAUACCCUCAAAGACGAACAGCUGUACAUCAUCCAUUGACGCCUCAUCAGGCUGCUUCUCGUUCGAAUCGAUGCAGCGCCUCCUUGACCUGUCUAUAUCUUCUAGCGCUCAACAAAGCAAUUCUCCCAGCAAAAGUGCCCUUUACUUGGGCAUUUCGAACGCAACAACGACCACUGCGGGUCGCGAUGGGAAGCUUGGCGUGAGCCUAGGGGGGUUUCAACUCAACCUACCGUCGCCGAAUGUUCACGGUCCCGAAUCGCACGAUCACGAAACCAUGUUUCGACGCUUGUCUGGUAAAAGUGAGGUGUCAGACGAUGAAGAUGAGCCUGCUCAAGAUCCUGAACCGCCACGGUCGGCGCUCCAUCGGAGACGCGCCCUCGUACCGCCAAAGCUGAUUUGUACUGAUGGCUACGAUAACGUCAACGUAAGCAACGGAAACGAAGACCCCAUUGAGCGGCGCCGCAGCUCGAGCGGUCCGGUGGAAGCUUGUGGCGCCUGCGAAGGCGGUCCAGGUGGAUCAAGCCCCUCAGGAGACCUUCUUGUAUACUCGAAAGUUCUGACCCAACGAAGCAAUAUCAUUACGCAAGCACAGCAAGAGGUAGAUGGCUCGACUCAAUCCCUGAUGGCUGUCGCCAGUGAAGAAUCUGGCCGCAAGGGGCGUAACUCUUGGUCCCUUCUACGAAUCUUUGAUCGCAACCAUCGUGGAAAAUCGGACUCAAUCACGGGAUUGGAGGAAGUUCUUGCGCAGCUUCGUCCGUCUGAAUUCGAUGAUGAACAAUUAUCACGCUAUAAGGGCCUUCAGUGGAGCGAUUUCGUGGCACUUCAGACAUCGGGUAGCACCGAGGGCCACACAGCUGGCGAAUGUGGGUCGCCUGGUUCUCCCGAGCCAACCGGCACCUUCAGCUAUAACACACGGCACCAACAACCACAACAACAAGGAUCGCCAUCGAGUGUUAGCAGAUGCACAAGUACCAGUGUAAAUAGUAAUACCUCAUCCAAGCAGAUCCCAAGCCCUUCUCAAAAUCCGGCGAAAGCUACGAGCAUCUUCAGCAUGGAGGGAGCCCGCAAGAAGGAAGCUAUGUGGGAUCUGUUUCAAUCUGAAUGCAUGUUCCUUUAUGACCAUCUAAUGGUUCUUAAAAAUGUAUUUAUGGAACCGCUGAAGAAGAUUCAGGUCGAAGGUUACGCAAUGUUCGCGGAACCCGAAGUGUUGUUUGGAAAUUUAGAUGAACUGUGUUGCGUCACAUACGGAUUUUGCAAGGAGUUUAUCCUGUUAUUAAGCACCGACAGCGUUUCAACAGGCGAUAUGCUGCUUAAGCUAUUCACAAAAAGUUGCAAGGUAACUGCUAUGAGGCAGGCCUACCAUCGUUACACACUCAAUUAUAUCAACGCGUUAAAUUACCUUGAAACGCUGCGUCGACAGAUCGAGUUCGUCGAAUUUGAAAAGUGGUGUUAUAAGGACGUGCGGUGCAAGAAGCUGCAGCUACCGGAUUUGCUCGUAUCUCCGGUGCAACACAUCAUGCGAGUGCCGCUGGUACUGCGUAAAAUUGAAUCCCGUUCAGAUGAAGAUCAGGAGCGUGCCGCUAUAGGAUCGAUCCUCGAAGCUGAAGAAAAUUCGCUGCGCGAGCUUGAUGAUAAAAUGAAAUGGUUAAAAAACUUUGAGCGUCUUCUAGAGAUCCAAAGAAAUAUUGUGUGGCCUUCCGUCACUGAACUCGAUGCCAAGACCUUUGUGCCUGAGUUUUUGAAGCCGGCGUUAAGUCGUCAACCGUGCGAAAAACUUAUCGUGAGCCCUAAACGCCAGAUCGUUCUCGAGGGAAUUCUCACGCUUAUGGAUGGAGGUCGACCAUCAGAAUGUUACCUAAUUCUUUUCGAUGACAUGAUUCUCAUUACUCGACGAAAAAGAGCUCUCAACAAAAAGAAGUCAACAAUAACGGACAACUGGGUGAACUGUGCUUCCGCGGCGGCAGCUGGCGGCGGCAGUGGGACCGUGGACGUCGACGAAACAUCCGGGAAUGUCUCAGGUGGCAAAUAUGUCGUUUAUAAACAGCCCCUCUCAUUAGACCGAGUCUGCAUACACGAUGUUUUGCCACAAGACGCCACCGCCAACAAUCUACGCAACGCGUUCGUGUUUGUCUGUCUCAACCGUUUCCAGCAAGUUGUCAACGUGCACACCUUCCAGGCACAGAACGAGACCUCUAAGUUGCUGUGGUUGGGCCGCCUUCAGGAUACGGUUGAUCACUGGAAGCGUACCCUACAAAGCACAGUGUUUAAACACAGGCCGUCGACCGUCCCGUCGGAAUGCGUUUCGAUUUCCGGUGGAGGUCAAGCUACCUUCCCGAGGCGGUCGACUUAAAUCAGCGAAUUGAAGAGCGAAAAACUCGCACCCGUGAUCGUCAAAGGUCGUCGCUUCUCUCUGAUCAAAACUCUGUGGCCGAGUGACGAUCCGGACAAUAACGAUGGGCAAAACUCUGGAAGCUAAAUUGAGACUUCGUCCAAAUGCUCGCGAAACAAGACACUGUGGACCACAAUCAUCCGGAUUUUUAUUCUACAUAGCCAAUUUUAUGCAUUUGAUUUAACUCACAGUCCUAGCGAAAGUUAUAUGACGCACCAAAUAAACGAAGCCUGCAAGAAUUUAUUAUUUGGUUUCAGAAAGAAGGAGAAAGCCAAUCGCAACGACCCUCGGCGGUCGGAGCGCAAUACCUUUGCGUUGGUAUGGUGGUUCUUUUUGUGGUGUUAACACCUACAUCGGCCAUCGGCUCCCUGCGUCGUUAGGGGUCUCUAAUGGACAUCGCAUAGCGUGAAGAGGCUGUGGGUUCGUUUACUGACUCAAAUGAGCUCAAACUAGAAUUUUACUCUCAUUCAUUGAUUCGAACUUUCGUAAGUAUUGAGAACGUCGAAAUAGAAUUAGAAGCAACAGGUAACCGUUCAAUGUCAUACAAUUUUAUCGUAAAUUCUAGCUACCGGUAAAAAUGUCGUCGGCCAAUUCUAUGGACUGUAUACGACCACCUGAAAGCCAAUGCAAGGAGUACAGAGCGAAAAUAUUCACGUCUCUAUAUAUAUGUAAACGACGAUAGUUGAUAAUUGUCUACUUGUCAGAUUUGGUCGUAAGCUAAUUAUGUUCUGAUCAAUGCGUAACAUGACCGUGGUAAUACAUUGCGGUGCCAUGUACGUACUGUCGCGCGACUAUUUUGCUGAAAAAAUUAAAAAUAUAAUAUAAUCAAGUAUAUGUAUGCGCAUCCUCUUUUUUACGCAGUAUGAAUUGUUGUUGUUGUUGUUAUCAUAAAAAAAUUCUCCUUACAGUUUACUGCUAAAUUCAAGUCUCGAAUUGAACAAGGACAGAUCUUCGUCACAUCGCGUGAUAGAAGUUACUCGUGCCGUAUCAGGAGCGUACAUGUACCUGUAUGCUCCUAAUACGGCAGAUAGAGUAACUUAUAUACAUACAUGUACUGCAAUACUAUGGAAGAUAAAUUCGGAUACAAUUUUCGAAAUACGCUAAAACCUGUGUGCUACUAAAGCCAAUCUGCCAAUGUAGAUUAAGUAUAAUUUUCGAAAUUAAUAGCAUGACGUCAGUAGUAAAUGUGUCUGGCGAAUAUCUAGUCAAACCUAUCUAAAAACGAGGGUGACAGAGCUUGAUCCAGGUGGCGUUGAAACAAUGAAUUCUGUAUUCGGAACUAGCUACGAUUGGUAGUACGGUACCGUGUGACGUUUUCACUGAUCCAGAGCAGAUGGGACGGAAACGUUCCACGGGUCACACUUGAUAUCGUAAUAUCAAACCAGCACCACGUGUCUACCAAACCGAGAAUAAAUCCCGGAAGAAAGUGUGUAUUGUCACUGUUAUCUUUGUGUAUGAGAGCAAGCGAUAUAGCCAUUCAUAAACAUACAACGCAGCCAAAGGCAACAGCUGGCUGCCAAUUGUCCACGUCGAAAAUUUAGCCAACACAAUGCUUCGUUGUACACGCAUAAGUAACUUAUAACUUAACUUAUAUACUUACAUGCACACACAUAAUGCUGAAAUGCAUAUCUCGACGAAUGACAAAUAAUCGCAAUAUUGGAGGAAUUGCGUUAACCAUAGAGUAACGAAACACAGCAGAAAGUUCAUUUUGCGAAGGCCAUCGAUAUAUUUAGUAGUCAUAAAGCUGGCCGCUCGUAGGAGAGAAAUUACUCUUGA